AUGGCCAUACCCUUUGGAGUACUCUGCUCACAACUGUUCUUUAUCCUGAUAUAUUUGGAGUUACCUUCUGGCUCUCCACCCUGGUGGCCACCACAUGGAAAUAUUAAGGUGAAAUGUCCAUAUAAGAAAGUAGACUUCAGCUGGUUCCAGGGAACAGUGAAUCCCUGCCCUGGUUUAUACCAACCCAUCUGUGGCAACAAUUUGCUAACCUAUGACAACCCAUGCAUCUUGUGUGUUGAGAGUAUGAAAUCUUGGGAGAAAAUUAGAUUUCUACGUGAUGGACAAUGCUAG